UUUAUAGGUCAAAUAUAGGAGCACUUACCGGUGUUGGAGCCAGACUUAAAGAUUGUUGGUGGCAACGAACGAGUGCUCUAACUAUCCAAAUGCAUCUAUAAUUCUGUUACCUUGAAGUUUAGGGCUUUAACCAGAAUUAUGAUUGAAGUGGUAACAGACACGUUUAACCAUCUCUAUGAAGGUUACCUAUGGACUUUAUCUAUUGCAGAUGAACGAGUUGCUGACUGGCUUCUUAUGCAGUCACCUCUUCCAACUUUGGGAUUAGUUGUUUUAUACUUAUUCUCCAUAUGGAGUGGAAUGAAGAUAAUGAAAAAUAGAGAACCUUUCCAGUUAAGAUGGGCUAUAUUUUCAUACAACCUAGCUUUGGUUAUACUAAACUGGCACAUAUGCUCAGAGCUUUUUAGUGCCUCCUGGAAAUUGAAUUAUAGCUACUCAUGUCAAACAGUAAAUUAUUCAUAUGACCCAGAUGAAAUGAGGAUAGCUAAAGCCCUUUGGUGGUAUUAUUUUUCAAAGUGCAUUGAAUUCCUAGAUACCAUCUUCUUUGUCAUGAGGAAGAAGAACAAUCAAGUAUCAUUUUUGCAUGUAUACCAUCAUGCCACCAUGUUUCCAAUAUGGUGGAUCGGUGUAAAAUGGGUUGCAGGAGGUCAAUCAUUCAUGGGUGCAAUGAUUAAUUCAUUUAUUCAUGUAGUGAUGUACACAUAUUAUGGAGUUGCAGCCCUAGGUCCUGAGUACCAGAAGUACUUAUGGUGGAAGAAGUAUCUCACCAAACUACAGCUGAUACAGUUUGUGGUUGGCAUGGCCCAUGCAGCACAGUCACUGCUCCUACAGUGCCCAUUCCCCUUGUGGAUGCAGGUGGCAUUGAUUCUCUAUGGAGGCUCAAUUUUGGGCCUUUUCCUCAACUUCUAUUUCCAUGCCUAUAUCAAAUCCAAACGAGAUAAGCAGUAUAAAACCCUGCAUACAAAUGGCAAGGGAGACACUAAUGAAGGACAUAUAAAUCAAAAUGGUCACAGCACAAAUGGACAUGUGAAGAAUGGAUAUAUCAAGAAUGGACAUAUGGCAUCAAAAAAAGAACAGUAGAAUGUCACUUUUGUGAAGUAUUCUUUAUGUUCUAGCUGACUGUAGGCUGCAGUAUUGUAUGCCCAUAAAGAUUUUUUUCAUAGUGAAUGCAAGUCCUAAAAUUCAGGAACUUUUGCAUGUUAUUUUAAGCAAUCCUUUUUGAAGCAGUGAUAUCUGUGCACAACUCU